GAUUAAAACUUGGGGCAUGUUGUAUUUUGUCCAAAAAUCCAACAUGGCCGCUGUAUUCCAAAAUGGCACAUUUUUUCACACUUUUUGCUAUGCUAUGGGGACAUUUCUGGUAAAAACACAGUGUAAUUUUAGCAAAAAACUGUCCUUUUCUAUCAAAGACAUAGCCAUGUCCAUAGCUUACUGUUUACUGUAAUAUUCCUCUUUUUUAUCUAUUUCUCUUUUCAAUCUCAAAGGUAUACAUGUAAACUAGCGAAUGUAUGGUUGUGAAUGGGAUGAUGUGACUGAAGCCACGAAAGCUUUUCAGCAGGAUGGUUAUGAUGGAGAGGACUUUCUCUCUCUGGAUUUGGAGAACAUGAGAUACAUCGCUCCAGUGCCACAGGCACUCCUUACUAAACAGAAGUAUGACCGAAACAAGGCUAUGAUGGAAAAUGAUAAACACUACUUCACCCAGACAUGCGUUGAGUGGCUGAAGAAGUAUGUUCAAUAUGGGAGCAGCACUCUGGGAAGGAAAGUCCGCCCUGAGGUCUCCCUUUUGAAAAAAGGCUCUGCAGUGGUGUGCUAUGCUACUGGUUUCUACCCUGAUGGAGUGAUGAUCACCUGGAAGAGAGAUGGAGAGGAGAUGCAGGAGAAUGUGGAUGUGGGGGAGACAUUGCCCAAUGAGGAUGGAACCUUCCAGAAUAGAGUUGUGCUCACUGUAUCAGAUCAGGAUCUGAAGGAGCACCAGUACACCUGUGAGGUGGCCCAUCAGAGUGGAGAGACCAUCAUCUUGGAUGAAACUGAGAUAAAGUGCAGCAACCCAAACUCUGUUCCUCUUGGUCCCAUCAUUGGUGUGGCUGUUGCGCUCAUUGUUUUGAUUGCCAUCGUUGCUGGGUUUGUCGUGAUGAAAAAUAAAAAGAAGGAUGGCUUUACUGGUGUUAAAACUGAGGAAGGCUCCCAGACCUCAAGUGAAAGAGCGUAAGGCUCCAAACUGCUGGAAAUGAAGGGAAGAUGGCAAAAGUGUAAAAUGUUUUUGACCUCAUAAUAUGAAGAUAUAGUCAGAGAUUGGUUUUCUAUUACAUUAAAGUCAACAGAUUAAGGAUGUGGGAAUUACUGAUCAUCAUCCAAAUAUAACAUUUAAACAAAAACUGCUAUACAGUUGCUAUACAAAUAGCUACCAGAAUUUAUAUUACCAUUUAAUUUACUAUAUUUCAGAGUGGGAUGUGGUAUAUUUUUUUCCAGCUGUGUAAAUUAAGUUCUUUGGAUUAUAUGUUUUGAUUUUUAAUGUGACAAGUUAAUGUUUUCUGUAAGUUAAUUAAUAUACAUUGAUUUAAUUCUUAAGAUAUGUUAAGCUCUUUUUAUUAUUCUAGUCCUGUAGUAGUUCAUCAUUCUGGAGUUUGGGAAUGUAAAUUUAAGUUUUUGCUAUGUGCUUUAAUUUUCCAAUCAUUACCAACAGCAUGUAAGCAUUGUGUCAAUUUAAGUAGCUAAUGGUUCACAUGCUUUUUGGAAUCUUUUUAUUUUAUUUUUGAUACUGUAGUUCACAUCAUGUGAAUUAUUUGUGAUUUGUUCACUGAUUUGAUUUACAAAGGUAAUAAAAAAUAAAAUUAGUAAGACCA